AUCAAAUGCCUAAUUUGAUAUCCAUUCGAUGUGCACACUGCUGUGUAGCAAACAUGUGAUUUCCGUGUUUUCCAAUCAUCUGGUUUUUUUUUGCGAGCUAUAUUAGAUUCAAUCCUUCUUGAAACUGCUUUUGCAGUACAGUUUUAUAGUGCCAGGCACAGACAAAAACCUAUGAUAAGACGAAGAAAUCAAGGACCAGCGCAUCAGCCGGAGGGGGAAUCAUUGGCGGGGAAAGCAGGCCCAGUAAAUUCUUGGAAGAAACACAAACAAAAUCUAGAGAGUGAUUUAGAAACAAGUAAGACUACUCGUAGCAGUUCCAGAAGCAAAACAAAGUGGAAUCUAAAAGAGUGCUCAUUAGUUAUUGACAAAUUUGAACGUAGCAGACGAACUUCUGUUAUUGAAGAUAAUGAUAGGAAGUGGAUAAUUCGCCAACCCUGCAGAAGAAAACCAAACUACUUGAUAAAGUUACAACCAAAGGACAUAAUGAGUGCUACAUCUGCUCCAGCCAAAUUACCACGUAAACAAUUCGCUCGUAAAUCUACUGGCAAACUUCACCUCCAUUCUAAAACUAGCCGUGAUGUUGGAGAGAAGUCUGCUAAAAAACUUCGCUUAGGAAAUUAUGAUGAACCUAAAAAACCACCAGAUAAGUAUUCUGAUAGUGAUCGGGAAAUAAAAAAUGGAAGUGGUGUGGAAAGCCCUACAAAAAUUAAAGAAAUUGUACUCAGUAGUGAAUCAAUUGUAAUUGAUGAUUUACCAGAGUUGACCCAGGAGGUUUCAACAGGGUCUGCUAUAUCAGAGAUUGCAGUCACUCCAAAAACCAAAAUUACUCCUAAAAUUAGUGAGCACAACUCUCUUUCGACUUCUUCACCAGUAUUUGUUCCUGAAUGUCUAACUCCAACUUGCCAAAAGGAUUAUCCAGAUAAAAGAUCACAAUCACAAGAGUCUAUUAAGCAGAACACUGAAUGUAGUGACAAAGUUCCAUCGGUAAAGCAGGACAACAGCAUCUCAAGUGGAAGUUUUAAUUUACCUGAAGCUGAUAAAGUGCAUGAACGGAAAAGUAGCAACUUUUCUUUUUUGGAUUCUUUCAAGCAGUCUUUCAGGACAAAAAAAGAUUUGCCACUUUCUGAAGAGACUAAAAAAGAUAGUGUGCCAUCAGCUGAAUUAGCAGCAGCAACUGAUGCUGCAACACCAGAGGAACCUGUGGCAGUGCAGGAUAACAUCAAAGUUUCAAAUAAUACAAUUGACAAACUGAGAAAGGGAUUGCAAUGUGAGAAGUUAAAGUCCAUAGUGCAUAAAGUGUUUAAAGACAGAAAUGAAGUAAUUAAUACUUCUGAUCACAAAGCAUCAGUAAAAGAAGGAACACCAAAUGAAAUCACUCUCAACAGUGGAGUCAUUGUUAAAGAAAAUGAUCAUCAGAACAAAGAGAAGGAACUCUGUAAUUUGAAUGUUGAACAAAAUAAAGUAGAUAACACCAGUACUAUUGAUAUUUCAAGUAAUAGCAUUCCACCUGAAUUUUCCAAUCACAACACAGAGUCAAAGGAUUUGAGCUCUGCUGGGGGUGAUAACUUAACACCUCCUCGUCCAGAAGAGGAUGAUGAUGAUGAUGUUACAAUAAUUUGUACUACAUGUUCAAAAUGUCAUAAAGAGCAGAGAAAGCAGUUUCAGUGCUCUCCAGCCAAGUUGACGUUAAAUGUUAAAUCAAUGCAGACUAGCCAAGUCUCUGAUUCAAACAAGGAAAACAAUAGUUCAGAUGCACCGUCUAACAAACAAGAAAUUCUCACUCCUGAUAUAUCAUUUAAAGAGGACUCAGCAUGUGAUAUUAUUUUACCUGAUGUAACAAAAUCUGCUGUUGAUGAUUCAUUAACAGGCAAGAGCACAAAUGCCUUAUCAGAAAAGGUGGUAAUAGCUAGUGACAUUGGCAAGAAAGUCACAGAAACAGAUAUAAAUGAACAGACUGCCAUCACAAUUGCAGUAAAUUCACAAAAGGUUGAUUUAAGUGAUGCUUUACCAGAUGCAAGUGUUAGCCAACCUGAAGUUCAUGCAGUUGAAAUGGAAAGCAAUGCACCUUCGGUUGACAAAGAGUUAAUUCCGGAUUCAUUUACAAAUCCAGAGUUAAUUAGCAUCAAUACAUUUGAUUCAAAGAAUAUUACUACUUUGUCUCAUUUAGAAAAGGUUGGAAAAACAGUGGGCAGAAUGGAGAUGAAUAUUCCAGUAGAUGAUAUCUCUGGUGCUCUGAACAAAGAAUUGCUGACUACAAACCAGUCAUCACUAAGUGCAGAUGAAGCAGUUGCUUCUGAAGUUGCAAAGUUAAUUAAGGAAACCAGUGUCCAUAAUUUAGAGCAGUCCGGUAUUAUACAAACCAGUGUUUAUUCUGAUUCAGCACUAUCACCUGAUGUGACAAGUUCCUCUGAAAGCUUGAUUGUUAUUCAGUCUGUGCAUUCUGUCACACCGAAAUUGGAAGCAGUUGGACAACCAUCACUAGAAGUUGAGAAACAGCAGUUACCUGGUGAUACAAUAUUGCAAAAAAGAUCAAAUGAUAUAUAUUUAGAUGUUAAAAGCCCAAAUGCUACUACUAAACAACUGAAAUUAAACAUAACUGAAAUUUCACAUGCAAGAGUUGAUGAUACCAAUUUGAAUACUGAACAAUAUAUAUCUGGAAAGUCUUGCAGUGACAUUGUUAUCAGCCAAAUUGAUACUGUUGUAAAUCAAUCAAGUAAUGUAAUAUCCACAGAAACUGCACCUAUUGCUUCAGAUUAUUGCCGUACUGAUGUCACAGAGAAAGUUAAUGCAGCAGCCAGUGCACAAAAGGAACCAAAUCAAGUUACUUUGGAAGUAGAACCAUCAAAGAAUGCAGAGAUUUCUAGUUUGUCUACAGUAGUUACACCAAUCAUAAAAUCUGUUUCUACUUCUGCUGUUAUAGAGACUAAAUCAAUUGAUAGUUCACCACUUGUAACACCUGCUGUAUCUCAGGUGGAACUAAAAUGUCAACCUGUUGAAAUAAUCUCGACUACCUCAGAAACGGAUCCAAUUCCUAUAGAGACAGGGACUGAAGCUUUUCAAUCUGCUUCCAUGAAUAUAGAUAAUAAGACUCUUUCUGAAAAACCUGUAGAGUCUGAUCCUUUAGUGUCUGAUGCUAUGGAAAAUGUAUUAAUUGACAAUAAUGACCUCUCAAGUAAAAGACCAGGGUCUCCCUCCUUUACAAACAAUCAGCUUUCAAAGAGAUUGAAACUUGAUACCAAUGGUCAAGAUACACUGGAAGAAAAAACUGAUUCGAAUUCUAACACUUUUGACAUAUCUGCUAUUAUGGAACACCUUCCUGAUGGUUAUACAAUUGUGGCAACCAAGGAUUUACAAUCAAUGUUAAAGAAGAAAGCUGUGGAUCUUCUAAAACCAAUGGUCCUCCAAUUGGAAGCAGUGUCAAAAGCAUUAGAAACUUAUCGUAGCAUGAUUAAGCAGAAGGAUGUCCAGCAUGCUACUGAAAUCUCAAAACUAAAACAGGAUUCACAGCAUCAGGAGCAGAAGCCGAAGAUGGUAUCAGUUGAAAGCCAAUACGUGGAUAACUUUUUUAUCAAUGCCAUUAAAGCACAGUCAUACCCUGUAUUGACCUCUGUCAAGGUGCGACGUUGGAAGACGCCACCUAGUAGCACACCACCAGCUGCCUCGGAUUCCUCUAGUGCUGUAAAUUCUUCCCCACCUGUCACUACCACAUGUCCAGUUCCAGUAUGUACUAAACCUCUGCAAACGUCUCCCUCUCCAACAUCAAAACCUGAAGUUCACAAGUCUGUUCUAUCAAGCUCUACAAACACUGCAAAGUCACCAAUAUCAAAAUUGGAGAAUAUGCUGAGCAGCACAGUGCCUAAGUAUACAAGUCCAUGUAGUUUUCUACAGAAAUCUCCAAAUAUGAAACCACCACAGGUUACACCUUCACCAACACAGACGACUUCAACAAGUCCUCAGAAAGCUGGAAAGAAGUUAUCAUCUCCUAUGGCAGUGAUUGACCUAACACAGGAUUCUGAUGAAGUCAAUACAUCUGCAAAUGCAGUAGCUGUAACACAGCAGACAUCUCCUAAACCUUCUCCUGGUCCACCUCCUAAGUUAAUCCCUAACAGAAAGACUGUAUCACAGCAGUUAGCAUCUAAGGUUCCAAGCCCUAAUGUUCUUCCAUCCUUGAUACAAUCACCGAUACUUAGGACAAAUUUGCAAACCUCUAGAACAGUCAACAAUCUAAGAAUGGCAACUGCCACUCCAAGUGUCAGACCAAACACACCUCCUCAAAGAGUAAUGCAUAUUCCAGUAAGUAAUGCCAUGGGCACCAGGUAUAUUCGUCCUCAACAUGUGUCAAACUCUGUAGCUCACCAGCAAUUGCCAGAACACAGAAAUACUGUUCAUGGAUCAACUAUGAUGACUUCUAAUCCUGUAAUGGCACAAGCAACAUCAGCAGCUAGGGCAUUAACAGCUCCCUCUGUGGUCCAUCAGCUUCUUCCCCAAACAAAGACUGCUAGUCAAGGAAUACCAAACAGUACUCAUUCCAGACCACCUCCGCAGCUAAUAACCCAAUCACAGACGGUCAGAGGUUUCACGUCACAAUAUAGAGAACCAGUAAGAUAUCCUGGUGUCCAACCAACGUCCAUUGAGAACCGACCACAACCCCCACCAAAUGUUUCUAUAUCACUAAUGCAGCAAACGCCAGUGCAGCAGCAUAGAUUAUUGCACCCCCAGAGCAGAGCAGCAUUUCCCCCUCCCAGUUACACGGUAGCACUGAACUCACAAACUGCACCUCAACUUCAGACUCGAACAGACUCAGUGGUGCUACCACAAGCAGUGAAUUCAUUGAUGCUGCAAAGGCAUGAACCCAUGCAAGCGCAAAUUGUCUCUAAUAAUCCAAAUCGAUAUCCGGUGGUCAUGGGAAUGCCAACUCCUGCACAGCAGCUCCCAGUCUCGCAGUCAACAAGUAGCAGUGCAGUAAAUAGCCAGAGACAUGCUUUGCAGCUACACACAACGAUGGUCCGGUUGAAGGAAACAUAUGAUAAUCUGCAAAACCAACAGACUGAGAUUGUAGUUAAACUGCAAAGCAAAGACAUUUCAAGUGCCCGACGGGAAGAGCUCCUCAAGACUUUACAUGAAAUUCAGGGAAACUUGCAUAGUACGUCCCAGAAACAGAAGCAGUUCCAGACAGAGUUCACUCACAUUCAUGGGCAGUCAUUUCGCAACCAACCCCCUCUGCAGCCAGGGGCAGCACCAGUUGCAGCAACAUCACAACAAACUGCAGCUUCACAGCUACUUGCGCUCUCGCACCAGGCUAAUGUGCAGCAGAGACAUCAGCAGUUCAGAAUGAAACAUCCAGCUGCACUCCCUCCUCAACCAGUUCCCGCCCAGUUACCGUUACAAGCUAAAUUACUUCUGAUCCCUGGCAAACCGGUACUGAAUAUCACUAGAGCACCCAAUGGAAUUGUUCUAUCAUGGACAAUGGUGUUGCAGCCGGGAUCUGCUGAGAUUGGUUUCUAUCAUUUAUUUGCUUAUCAAGAACAGGAAGGCCCACCUAGCAGUAGCAAUUGGAAAAAGAUUGGUGAAGUAAAAGCUCUUCCACUGCCAAUGGCCUGCACCUUGACACAGUUCCAACAUGGUAGUAUUUAUCACUUUUCAGUGUGUGCUGUGGACGUUUUUGGUAGGAGUGGUGAUUUUAGUGAAAACUCCAGUAUAAAUUUGAUCAAUUAAAAAGUAAAUUGUGGCUAGUUACAUUGAUGUUACCGGCUGCUGCCCUAAUGUUACAGAUAUUGCUACAGCCAGUUACAGUGAUGUUACCUGCUGCUGCCCUAAUGAUAUAGAUAUUGCUACAACCAGUUACAAUGAUGUUACUAGCUGCUGCCCUAAUGUUACAGAUAUUGCUACAGCAAGUUACAGUGACGUUACCGGCUGCUGCCCUAAUGAUACAGAUAUUGCUACAACCAGUUACAAUGAUGUUACUAGCUGCUGCCCUAAUGUUACAGAUAUUGCUACAGCCAGUUACAAUGAUGUUACCUGCUGCUGCCCUAAUGUUACAGAUAUUGCUACAGCCAGUUACAGUGACGUUACCGGCUGCUGCCCUAAUGAUACAGAUAUUGCUACAAUCAGUUACAAUGAUGUUACUAGCUGCUGCCCUAAUGUUACAGAUAUUGCUACAGCCAGUUACAGUGACGUUACCGGCUGCUGCCCUAAUGAUACAGAUAUUGCUACAAUCAGUUACAGAGAUGUUACUAGCUGCUGCCCUAAUGAUACAGGUAUUGCUACAGCCAGUUACAGUGAUGUUACCUGCUGCUGCCCUAAUGAUAUAGAUAUUGCUACAACCAGUUACAAUGAUGUUACUAGCUGCUGCCCUAAUGUUACAGAUAUUGCUACAGCAAGUUACAGUGACGUUACCGGCUGCUGCCCUAAUGAUACAGAUAUUGCUACAACCAGUUACAGAGAUGUUACUAGCUGCUGCCCUAAUGAUACAGGUAUUGCUACAGCCAGUUACAGUGAUGUUACCUGCUGCUGCCCUAAUGUACAUUAUUGCUAUAGCUAUGAUGCUGUGGCUAUUAUUACACUGCUUACAAUGAGUUAAUCAUUUGCUACUCUUACAACAUUUGUUUUUUAAUUCCAUUUAUGCAAACAAAUUAAAAGCAUUUAAUUACUGUGACACAAAACAUUGAUACCUUGAUAAUAAAAACUUAACAGAUAAGUCUGGUUUUAAGUUCUGUACUUAAUGGAUUUGUCUCUGUAAAAAAUGUUUGUAAAUUAUAUUUUUGUAGCUUAUUAUUUAAAUGCAGAAAUUUGUAUGUGUAAUAUGAUGACUUGAAAGUAUGCUUACCAGAAACCAUAGAGUAGUGAUUUAUGCUUUGUGAUACAAAAAGCUAUCUUAGUAAGUAGGGAAUUUAUCUUCCUUUUAGUACUGUAAAUGUCACAAAUGCUCUAAUUAUGAUUUGGAUUUUUAAAAAUGGAUUACAAGAAAUUUAUGUGAUUAAGUUUAUAGUAUUCAGUGUCAUGCUAAAUCAUUACAAACAUGGCAGGAAUUUUGAAUUUAUGUAAUAAGGGUGCUUUUGAAAAUUAAAUACAGUACCAGUUGAGAUUACAAUUUAUUAGCUUUGUCCACACACUCAAAUGUUCCUUGACAAAAAACUGUUGUAUGCUCAUAUAUAGUCAUAAUGUGUCCAUAUAUAGUCAUGAUGUCAUCAUGACCAUAUUUAGGCAUGUCACAUGUUUUUGUCAAAAGAAUUUGGUAGUCAGGACAGGUCUUUAAACAUGUGUUUCUCAGGGUGUAGGGCUUGCCCAUCAUACAUAUUCAUAAUUUGUCUUCCACUAAAAUAUCUGGCAAGUAUCGUCAUAAUCUGGAACCUAUUUACAGGCCUGUAACCUAAUUGGGGACCUAAUGGAAGAGUAUUUGACCAAUGUUUAGAGUUUUAGCUAACACAAAUGAACAUCCUUGAUUUUCAACAUUGCAAACUUCAUUGGGUCAUCUUCAACAAUAUAUUUGUGUUCUAAAAGUAUUCAGGGAAUUCAAACUGCUGAUCUGAUUUCCCCUUAAUAAUUACUGUCUCUGAGUUUUUUUUCUUAAAGUUUAAUAAAGGGCUCUAUUUAUUUGGGGUAGAAUCACUAAACUGGUGACAAUUUUUAGACUUGCUCCAGAAAGUACUGUAAUCAAAUUUUUAAUUUUUUUUUUUUUUUUGUGAGAUUUGAUCACUUUCCAUUUGUUAUUGAAAAGUUUGAAGGUGUCUAUUCAAUAAAUUACAUAUGUAUAUAUUAUAUAAAUAUAAUUAUGAUUCAUUGAUAGUAGUUACUGUACCUGGAUAAUUAAAUUAUGUAAUUUGAUCUCCUGAUCCUGUAAGAAAAUGUUUCGAUGAAAACAGAUGUCUCCAAAAAUGUGCAACAGAUAUUAUAUUUUGAGCGUUAAAACAAAAGGGUCAGUAUUUUUGUUUAAACUUAAGAUGUUAAAGUAUUUCAGAAUGAAUAUAAUGCGUUUAACAAGCACAGAAACAGCUCUUUAUGAUUACUAUGAUUUUGUAUUUCUCAAACUACUGUGGUUCCUUCAGAUGGCAUAGUUAAGUACUUAUAGUAGAUCUGGGACGGAUGCAGGAUUAGGCGGUAGGGAGAGCGCGAGUGAAUAUGGACCUCAAGGUGACCGAAAAUUUCACUUCCAUACUCUAAAUAUCAUACCUGUACUGUGUUUAUGAUGAUAAAAAUAAUUAUCAACAAUACAACAAUUAAUUUUCCUUAUCCAAUUGAGUGGGGGAGGGGGAUGGGGGUGCGAUCUCACACUCCUGCAUCCUCCCCAGGUAGGUUGAUUUAAGUACGUCUGUACAACAAAUCCGUAAAAGUACUUGUUCCAUUGUUUUCUAUCUUCAAACCAAUGUACAGUAAGAAUAUCUUUGAGUAGUGUAAGCUUAGCCGUGACUUGAUGGUUAAGGUGCUUGCCUUCAAAUCUUAGAUUCCUGGGUUCAAUUCCUGCUAAUACAACUCCAAUCUCCAUCCUUGUAUGCAUUAGUAAAAAAUGUAAAUAUUUGUAGUGUAUACUUGAGUGAAAUUGACUUGAUAUCUGGUACAAGACUACUUUGUGGUUGAAGAUGAGUUCCAUGUGUAUAAUAAAUGUACUGUAUUUUGGCUUAUUCAUUGAGGCAAUCCUCAAAAGUUUAGUUUUAGCUUUCUUGUUCAUUUUUUUCUGCAUGCUGUUUAUUAAUGCUCACUGCCCUAUCUCACCUAGCCUGCAGUUUCUAAUCACUCUUGCCUGAAUUCUGACCCUAUACCAUUUGGCUUUUUAUUCUCUCACUCAUUCGUCACAGAAGGACUGGUGUUGUCCGAAAGCUGUGGUUAUAUUUCUGGCUGAUUACUCUACUUGCAUUUUACUUUUUAGCUGUUGUUCAUGAAAUUUGUAUUGUUUCCCACAUCAUUGUUAUUUUUGAUGUAUAUAAUUUACCUACACAUUUUAGGCCAGCUACCUCAGCUUCAAUGAAAGUAUGUAAGAUAUAGUAGAUUAAAAGUAGCAUUAAGAAAUAUGUUUUGAAAACAUAAAAUGCAUAAAUUGAUUUCAGUCCUGAGGCACCGUUAUUGUUGAUUGAAGAAAUGCGUUUCAUUCAAAGUUGGCAUGGAACUUUAUAUAUCACAAACUGUUGAUCUGUUAGUGUUAAUGAAGUAAUUCAGAUGCCAGUAUUUGUUGAUUCUGUUCUCAAGACGUUGUGUUGAAUACAUGUUGUAAAGUAACUUAUUGUCAUUGUCUUUAUACAUACUUUUUAUAAUAAAGGCUCAAUGAAUUUCGA